UGACACUCUUCAUUCUGCUAUAUUCUGUCUCAAGUGGUCUCAAGGAACACACGUGAAUUUGGUUAGCGGUACGCGUAAAAUUUGGUGUAUUGGCAUUGUUUAUAAUAAAUUGAAUGACAAUGUACAAAGAUAACUUGUGGCAAUUCUUCGGAACAUUCCAUCAACGUUGCACAAUGAUAUUACCGUCGAUACAUGUGUCUCGCAUGCAGAAGAUUCUUAUUAUCUGCUUUGCUGGUGGUUCAAUACUAUUAGGAGGACUGGCACAGUUUUUGAAGAGACGACGAAGACCUCCUCCAUCCAAAAGGCCUUAUAGAGACUACAAACAUAGAUUAGCGAGUGCUAAGGCCUCUAAUUUUGAUGUGUUGUCACAAGUAUCUUGGGCAAGAAGAAGCGAAGCUAGUACUAAGAGUCAUAUUAGUGAUCGUGCAUCGCUCAUCUCAUCUGUGCCUGGUGCUCCAGACGACGAUGUUAAACUCACUCCACAACAAUAUGGUGUACUUGGUCUCGAGGCGUUGGAAAAAGCUCUCUAUUGCUGGGAAGAUGCGCUCACUGCGUUCAGCUCAACUUUCAACAACGACACCCUGGCGCUACAAACGAAGGCAGAUGCGGCGUUCACCAAAGAUGUCCAGACACUACUUGACGUGGGCUAUCAAAUGCAGGAUCAGGCGGAGAUGUUAUUCAUUGAUCAGCACUCUGUAUUAUUUCGCAACGAUAGCGAGGAGAGUCUCGACAGUCGUAAACCUUCGCACGUUGAGACGCGAAUAUCUGGCAAGGAAAGAGUUGACGUUGCGUCAUCACCCGACUCUUUCGAAUCCGCGCGUGACGGGGUUGCAGAUCUACGCGAAUUCGAGGAAUUCUCUGAAUUGUUUCCACAUCUUGAGAGGCAGGCGCUGUACCAUGCCGCUCUUAAACAAUACGAAGACAGUGGUAUUCCUUGCAGGAGAAUGCAUACGGAACUUGUGAAGUGUGGAGCAGACGUGGAAUAUUUAGCGAAAGUACAUUGUCUACGUCAAGCCUAUACCAAAUUAUUUAAUUUGCCUGCGGCGAAAACAUUUAUUGCGGACAUAGGCCGACAAAUUAUGAGUGAUUUAAUUAUGUAUGCAGAUAGGGAUCCCAAAGAUUAUCUAGUGCAUUACGAGCACAUGUUGGAAUUCUUGAAAGAGUCGCGCAAUCAUAGUAUUAUGGAGGAGGAAUUAACCGCUCGCGGUGUCAAGUGUAUGAACUUCUACGAUGUCCUCGUCGACUUUAUACUGUUGGAUGCGUUCGAGGAGAUGGAGAAACCGCCUUCGUCCAUCAAGGCUAUACUACAAAACCGAUGGAUAUCCGCUAGUUUUAGGGAAACCGCGAUAGGAACGGCGGUAUGGUCUGUCCUCAUGGGUAAAAGGCAGAUGCUGAAGUACGAUCAGGGCUUUCUGGCGCAUUUCUACUCGAUCUCCGAGCAAAUCUCCCCAGUGCUUGUAUGGGGAUUCUUGGGCUCGGAGAGUAACCUACGUUCCACCUGUUAUUACUUUAAGGAGCAAGUGAUAGAGUUUCUUAUAGAUAUAUUUAAUAUUUUCAAAGUACGCUACACCACUGUGGACGAUCUCGCCACGGAUAUUCUUAGAGAAAUGAAAACUAGAGUCGAGAAUAUAAAUCAAAGGCUAUCGUUGGAAGGCUGCUAGCCAAACGAGGCACACGUAGACAACCAUUAGCAAAGUAAAUUAAAUUUGGCAUAUACAAAUUGCAUUGCAUUUACUGCGAUGAACUGAAAGUAGUAAUAUUGUCGACGAAUAUCACUACAUCAACGAGAUUAAACCCGUAUCUCAUGCAAUAUCUUAUUCGAUGAAUUAAAUGAAUAGUGCCACGUGUUACCGUAUAUUUUUAUUUUCACCGCCACGUAACAGGAAAAAGUAAUUUACAGCGAUAAAGAGACGCUAUCUUUCUGUGAGCUAAUAUAGGAACUAUAUUAUAAUAUAGGAACGUCGCAUUCAAUUUCCUCAAAGUUUUACACGUCUGCUUUCACGCGUAAUGUUGGAGUGUGUCAUAAACUGCGUUAACCUUGAGCGAAUGGUAAUGAUCUCUAACGUUGCAUUUUAAUGAACAAAAGAUAAUAGCGAUGUGCAAGAUAAAUUUUGCGUAACUGUAUUAACGAGAUGGAUUUCUAUUUACGGUAACUGGAAAAGUCAUUUGUAUAAUUAAACAAACGGGAUAUUAAUUAUUUUAAAAUAACUCUAAAUUCUUCUAUAAAAAUUGUAAACUAUUAUAUUAGAACUAGAGAAUGAAUUUUGUGAACAUUUUGAGUCACGUUGGAAUAUAUACUAUAUCGAGAAUUAUAACUCAGUUUAUUUUAUUCAUUAUUAGUUUAUUAUUCAUUAUUAACAGUUAAUAAAUAAUUUAUUUUGUUUUAUUUUUCGGUAUGUGAGAAAAUCUCAUUUUAGUAUUUUAAUUUACAUUUAUAUGUGAUUGUAUGUGUAAAACAAUAUCCAAGUAAUUCAUUUCUAUAUUGUUUCAAAUGUUAUUGUUAAUUUCAGUAAAGUCGACAUAUUAUAAUAUAUUGCAAUAUUGCAAUACAUACCGAUCAAUGUGAUAAGUUGUAGCGGCAUUUAAGUAAAAUCAAUGUAUAAUGUUAUGUUAUUCCCCUUAUAUAUUCAACUAGAACAGAACUCGGCACGCGUUGUACAUUUCAACCGAUUUUCGACUUGAUACGAUUGCCCUUACCUUAUCGCCUCGUAUGUAUCCAACAAAUCGCUCGAAACUUAGGAGUUGUAAAUAUAAAUUUCUAAUAAUGGAAAACUAUUUUCUCCGUAUAGUUCUCCGAACUACUUUCAAGCGGGAUAAGUUGAAAAUCGAUCGAAACGUGCAACGCAUACAAAGUUCUGAACUAGAAUGAUGUUCAUCUCUCAGUGAGAGAAAUUACAAUUGACAGCGUGAGAUUAUUGCUAAAAUGUUAGAAUUUUAUCCCAGAUUCUAUCAGGCAUUAUAGAUUGUCUUAAAAACUAGCUAAACUUAUUUAAUUAUAAUAUUUAUAGCCUGCUCAACUUUGC